CUCUCUCCUUUUCUCCCUUUCUUAGCUCAGUGGUGGGUGACGUCACGCAUGUCAUGUGAUGAGCCCUAUUAAGCCUUGGGAGCUGUUCUGGUGCUGAAACGAUCACUCCAUUGUGAGUGGGAGCAAUGCUGAGCGUGAAGAACACAGGAAAAUUAAAAAUGGCGUCUUCAAGUUGUUGCUACAUUGAGAAAUGCCUGUCCUUAUCAUUUUUACUGCUUUUCACAUCCUUUGCUGAUGCUGCACCCUUUCAAUAUUACCAAGUGCCACAAGACCAACAAUACAGAAUGAAAAGUAUCCAGCGCCUUCCCAGCUCAGAUAUGCUGAAGGCCUUGGAGUAUAUUGAAAACCUUAGGAAGCAAGCAAACAGACCAGAGAGUCUAUCCGACUAUGCAUCCUAUCAAGGGGCACCAUUUCUUUCAGAGCAAAAAGAUAUCAGUACACCAGGCAUCUCACCAGAGAAUGCAAAAAGUCCAGCUACAGAUGAUGAAUCAGAAUGGAUGAGGGUCAUGUUGGAAGCGUUGAUGCAGGCAGAAAAAGAGGCAACAUUUUCAGCCAAAGAAAAAAAUAAACUACUUAGUGGAAAUGUGGAAAAGAACAUCCCCGCUGAUCUGAUUGAAGAUUAUGAGUCAAAUAAGUGGCCUGAGAAAAGACCAAAAAUUAGCAACAUUCCACCUAGGUACUAUGAUGAUUACACUAGGGACAGCCCUUUCAAACGCACCAGCGAAAUUGUGGAAGGUCAAUACACCCCUCAAAACCUAGCUACACUACAAUCGGUCUUCCAGGAACUAGGGAAAUUAAAAGGCCAGGGAAAUCAUAAAAGAGAAAGAUUAGAAGAUGAUCAGAAGCUGUACAAAGAUGAUGAGGAUGACAUGUAUAAAGCCAACAAUAUUGCAUAUGAAGAUGUUGCUGGAGGAGAAGACUGGAGCCCUAUAGAAGAGAAGGUUGAAAGUCAAACUCAAGAGGAAAUAAAAGAGAGUAAAGAAGAGGUAGAGAAGACAGAUGAUAUGGAAGAUGAAAUUAAGAGGUCAGGGCUACUUGGAAUACAAGAUGAAGACACUGACAAAAAUGACAAAGAACAAGAUUCCGGGAACAUAUCAAACCUGAUGGGUUAUUACCUUAAACUGUGGAUUAACAGAAUGGAAAAGGGGAAAGUGAAUACAGAAAAACGUUCACCCAAAUAUAGAGGCAAAGACCUGGACCCUGAAUCAAUAUAUCAGUUGAUAGAUAUAUCCAGAAACUUGCAAAUACCUCCUGAAGAUCUUAUUGACAUGCUGCAAGAUGAAGAUGGAAAGAAAAAUGCAGGAAGACUGGAGCCUGAUAAAGAUGUUGAAGUACCUGCAGAUCUCAAUGAGGUUUCUGAAACAACAGAAAAUGUUGAUGUCUAUAAAAACAGACAAGGAUUCAUGAAGAAACCUGGUGCUCUGUUAUCUAAUGCCCCUGAAGACUUUACUGUGGAGGAUAUGAUGAACCUCAUGGGGGCAGAUAAGCUGUUGAAUCAGAAACCUGCCUUUCUGAACCAGUUUAACCAAAACAAUGGCUUACAAAGACCAUAUUCCAUCCACAGUAAAUCUAAGGGGCACAGACCUGCUUGGUUAAAUGAUUUUGAAAAGAGGCAAAUGGAAUAUGAUCCAAGAUCAGAGAAAGAAGAUGAUUUGGCAGAGUAUGUUGUUAAGAUGUUAGCCAAAUACCCAGAGCUGUUAAAUAACAAUCAGAAUAGAAAAGUAGGAGUCGUAUAUCAACCAGGUGACAUCCAGGAACUUGAAAAGCAGUAUGAAAAGGCUUUGAGGGGUUAUUUGAACACAAGAGGAUUUCAGGAUUAUGAGACUCUGACCAAAGGUAACAGAAGAUUUAGUAUGCCCAGGGAAGGUGAUGACACCCAGGCCAAACUGUAUGCAGACGAGGACAUGCUCAUGAAGGUGUUAGAGUACUUAAACCAAGAGAAAACAGACAAAGUUAGAGAUCAAAGCGUUAAGAGAUCAUUGGAAAAUAUGUAAUGUGUUUGUGACAUCCAACCUUCUUUAGUUCUAUUUAUUUCCCUUUUGAUUUCUUUUCCUCAGGUGGGUAGAGGAGAGGUCCCUUUUCCACUGCUGAGGAUGGUCUCUCAAUGUUUAAAGAAAUGAUUUUAUUUUAUUGGUUUGUGUCCGUUUCCAUAGUAAUAUUGAUUUAUCCAUUAAACGCUGCCUGUAUCAUUUGUAGAAAUUCCCUGAGGUUGGGAGGGAAGGUCUGUUUCAGAAUGGGAAGAAAUUUGCUUGAGUGUCUGAGACUAAAAUUUACAGAACAUGCUUUUGUUUUCCAGUCUCUUGUAGUUUGUUUAGCAUGAGGUCAUGAUCUGAGAAGCUGCCACUUACUGGACGACAACUGUAUAAUUUAUAUUGGAAUGCAAUGAUUGGUCAAUAGGGAAUAUAUCUGUAUUGUUCUUAUGAAAAAAUAUUAUAUUGCUGGGCUCUACAUUAGACUUUGCUAGACAAUGCAGGCAUGACAGUGUGCUUAUUCUAGGCCUUGCUGUGUGUCCUGCUCAUUGCAUUGGUACGGGCAUGUUGAUAUCUAUGCUUCUUCUUUAUAUAAAAGGGAUAUCUGGAGUAGCCUUACUUUUGUUUUAUAUUUAUUUUUGCUAAGCAUUGACUGUGCUCAUAUUCAGCGUUUCUAGUGUUACGUUUUCUCUUCUAAAUCAUUUACGUUAACUGAACCUGAAAAGCAAUGCUUGGCAAAAUGUGAGUACAACACCUGCUUUGUAGCUAGCUGCCAUACAUGUAAGGAAAACAGCUGCUAUAGAAGAAUUUUAUGUUCUGUGCAUAUCAAAACAAUAAAAUCACUGGGCCCUCUUUAGAUUCAAUUUUCAAAAGAGUAAAACUUAUAUCAUGCUUUAUUACAUCUAAACUCCAUGAAAGUAUAUGGGAAAUCAGGAAUGAAUUAGGAGAACAUUUUUUCUUCUCAAAUUGACUCUGACCCUUAGAACCAGAUUAAUUUCUAUGAGCAGAUCUUCUCACAUGGUAUAUCUCAUUAGUACGAUAUCUCACAAAGGGAUUGCUCUUUAAAGAGAAGCAAAUAUUUCAUUGCCAUAAUAGCACAUUUAAUGUAAUUAAAUAUAAAAAUCACUUACACAAUACGAAAAUGUCUUAUGAAAUUUCUUGAUAAAGUUAGCAAUUGUUAGUGCAUUGAUUAAAAUACUACAGAACCAUCAUAGGACUCAUUUAAAGUUUUAUCAGAGAAUGCCUUGUUGAUAGGGACCUGUGACAUAAAGUGAGAAAACAGCUAAUUUGUUAAUUCUUAUUUAAGUAAGGAGGGGUAGGUACCUUGGUGGGGUCCAUAUGACAAGCCUUACGUUAUUGUACCUGUCUGUUCUUGCAAUCAGCCUGCAUUGGUCCUAUUGGCCUGCAGUUAAGUUAAAACCCUUGCAGAUUGCAGUAGGUAUAUGUACUCAUAUGAUGUAAUAUUUAAUAUUACAUAGUUAAACAGUAAUUAUCAGUUGCAAUAUACUAGAAAGUAAAUCUUGAGUUGUAACCAGUACCAGGUUUUCUGUAGAUGAUUUCCUCUUGCCCCUCUAUGCUGUCCUUUCUUUAACAAAUGCAUAUUUUCUGUCUGGGGUUGUUAUGUAAUUACCAUACUGCUGGCCUUGCCUGAUGUCACAUUCUAAUUAACGUGCUUAAUAAAGUGUUUGGGAUAUGACGAAACUCUGUAUUCUAUAGACUACACAUUUCCUACUGCCACUGCCUGACAGGUUUCACGGAUUCCACUCACUGGCAUUUUUUUUACUCAUAGAAGCUAUUUUGUUACUGUUUGUUAUGUAUUGUGUGGUACUGUACAAAAAAACAAAACAAAAAGAAAAAUAAAGCAUUCUGUAUAUUU